CUCCCCAGAACCCAUCUCGUCUAGGCUCCCUCCUCGGUAGCACCCGCGUGGUACGCCAGUCCUGCCAAAUCGAAUACAGAAUCCACGCCGCGACGCCCAGGAAGAUGGCCCAGAACACAAACUGCGCGAACCCACUCACGUCACCGUCCUGGCCGGAAAAAACAUUAUGUCCACCACUCCCGUACACUUCCUCCCCCCUCUUCGUCAACAACAACCGAUACUCGACACCACAACUCCCCUUCAACACCCUGGGAUCCUCCGGACUGUCGUAGCCCUCACAUAUCACAUCCGUGCUCCCCAACUUAAAUUCCUCCGGCAAAUCAGCCGUGCACGUCCACUGGAUGUUCUCAUCGUCGUAGUCGCUCCCCGCGUUCUUGCAGCGCAUCACGUCGAUGCUGUAGUGUCUGCAGCCGUUGCCGCCGGCGCAUUUUAGUUGUGGGAUUGCGGGGACCCGGCGGUGCGCGGUGGAGGCUGAGGAGCGGAGGGUUAGGGAUUUGACUUGCGAGAGGAGGACGCUGGUGCCGGAUUUGCGGGCGGCGGUGGUGGGAUCUGAGAGGGUGAGGAGGGCGAGGAGGAGGGGGGUGAGAAGGUGCAUUUUGGGGAGAUGUGAUAGUGUAGUGAGAGGUUCUGCCAGUGACGGAGUUUGAGAAAUAGCCACGGGGACAAACUUUAAUAUGCGGGCAUGAAGUUCGUUCGUGCUACUGAUGUUGAUAUAGAGAGAUAUGAGAGUCAAAGGAGACGACAGAUUUCAGAUACUUGGUGGUUGGCAUACGUACUCGAGGUAUUGGUCGACGAGGUUGUGUGGCCUGUGAUUGGUCGGAGCUCAUAAGGCUACCUCGGCCUCUCGGUCAGAACAGCUCAGAGCGCAGCCUUGCGAUCUUCAAGCAACCUCACUCGGGACAGCAAGGUGUCGGGAAUUCCAACAAUUACUGGAGCGAAUUCUCGCAAUCGCGAGGUACGAGCAACGAAACCAGGAUCGACGGUGCGAUAUACUCGAAUAUACAGGAUGCGUCAGAGAAUCACCUUCGUCCAUGAGCCGCAGGAUGGGAUUGAUCCAAAGUCAAUCGGCAUCCACACCAACACCUUAUCAGUCUCUGGCCUCAAAGCCGCAAGGGAAGAUCAUAUAACUCUAUCCCUUGACGAACUCCCGCAGGACCUGCGAGUAGCUCUUAGCCAAACGAAAGAACUGCAUAUUCGAUAUGUAACGCCGGCGUCAUACGAGUCGAUACCACCGUUCAAUUCUCAGCUGUCGCCAGGGCUGCAUGUUUAUUACACCCCCAAGACCGAGGUUGGGAAGGAGGGCCAGGAAUUCAGUGGUUUAUUAUGUGGCCUCAUAGAUACGCUCUUUUACUUACAAGACAAAUCGCUCUGCCAGACCCCCGAAAUAUCAUUCACCUCCCUCCCAUCCAAAAACCCCAAACACAGAGGCGUAUAUGAAUACUACCUCCGCGAAUCCGCCCUCUCUCCCGCCGGCGGCGCAUCCGCCCUACAAUCCUACUUCAAGCGCAUCUGCGCCAGCACAACCUGCCGGACCCGCAUCGACGAAGGCGUCACAGCCGCCUCUAUUGAUCUCGACUUCAGUUCCUCCAGCAACACCGCAACAAUCACCACCUCCUGGUCCCCCCGAACCUGGACCUCCGUCGCGGUAUCAAAGAUAGACCACACCGACCGCGUCGAGCUCGGCAUUCUCUCCAACGAAAAGCCAAUCCGGCCCGACGACCUCAACAUGUCCGGCUUCCUCACCGUGCUCGGGGAAUCAGAGAAGCCCGCACCUACCAUGUUUCAGUUCCCCAGCCGACACCAUAAGCACGCUGCGAAAUUCAGUAGCUCGUUCAUUGAACCGACUGGCCUGCAUCCUACAUUGCAGCUGUCGGUUAGCAACAGUGAGCCCCCGAAAAACAGGGAGGGGUGUAGGUUGAACGCCCAUUUGAUGCUGCCGAGGAGUGUGUUUCCGGAUAAAUACCAGUUCCGCGAUGCCCUCUUCAUGGCGUCGAAGAAUCUUACUGCGCUUCGACAUGUCACGAUCCCGGUCGAUUUGGAGGCGCCGGAAUACACGAUGGCACUCUGGGGGUCCUCGCUGCUGAUUGAGCUUGCCCCUCCGCCUCCUAGUGAGGAGUCUUGGACUGCGGAAAUCCCGUUACAUCUCAGAUACCUGCUGCCGAGCGGGUCGGGGUAUAGUUCCACCUCCCUCCCCUCCCCGGUGCUAUUCUGGGCGUGUGAAGCGGAUGAAGAGAGUAAGUUGGAGGGGAAUCCGUUUGAUAGGGUGAAUUUGGGGCAUGAUGGACUGUUUGGGGAUAAGACGCUGUUUUAUCACCUUGGAAGGGAGAAAGGGGAGGAGGGGUAUAAGGAAGUCAGUGUGCCGGUUCUGAGUACGAGAUUUAAUAGUGAGAUAGAGCUGGGGACGGCGGUGGUGGUGUUGCUGGGGUUUGGGUGGGUGUUGUGGAAGUUGUGGGGGGUGGGGAGGGGGGUUGGGUAUGGGAGGGGUGGGGAGGGGAGGGGGGAUGGGUAUGGGAGGGGUGGGGGGGGGAAGGUGGAAGGGAAGGAGGAGUGA